AUGUCGAAGGUUAUGCGAAGCGUGAAGAAUGUCACCAAGGGCUACUCAUCAGUGCAGGUGAAGGUUCGCAAUGCCACGAGCAACGAUCCAUGGGGCCCGACUGGGACGGAGAUGCAGGAAAUCUCCCAGAUGACAUACAACUCGUCAACCGAGUUCUACGAGAUAAUGUACAUGAUAGAUAAGCGUCUCAACGACAAGGGGAAGAACUGGCGCCACGUCCUCAAGGCCUUGAAGGUCCUGGAUUACUGUCUGCACGAGGGCUCCGAGAUGGUCGUGACAUGGGCACGCAAGAACGUCUUCAUCAUCAAGACCCUCCGCGAGUUCCAGCACAUCGACGACGACGGCCGCGACGUCGGGCAGAAUGUCCGCGUAUCCGCAAAAGAACUCACCUCCCUGAUCCUCGACGAAGAGCGUCUCCGCGCCGAGCGCAGCGAUCGCAAAUCCUGGAAGUCCCGCGUAACCGGCAUCGAAGAGUACGCCUCCUCCGAGACCUCCCCGCCCCCCCGCCACGAGCGCACCCACCGCGCCCAGCGCGCCGAUGAAGAAGACGCCGAGUACAAGCUCGCCAUCGAAGCAUCCAAGCACCAAGAGGAAGAGGACCGCAAGAAGCGCCAAAGCCGGCAGGGCGAGCCCGACGACGACGACCUCGCCAAAGCCAUCAAGCUCAGCAAAGAGGAAGAGGACCUGCGGCUCAAGGAACUCGAGGACGCGAACGCGCAGAGCCUAUUCGACGACGACCCCGUGCAGAUGCAGGGUAACCAGCCGCAAUUCACCGGCUAUAACCAAGGCUACCAGCAGCAAGGCGCCGUCGACUGGUCUGGCAACCCCAUCGACAUGUCCCAGGGCCAACAGCCCAACUACCUCAACGCCUACGCCACCGGCUACCCGCAAGCCCAGCAGCAGCAGACGGGCUACCAAACGGGCUACCCGAACGGCUUCCCCAGCUUCGAUCAAUACGUGCAGCAGCAGACCGCGCAGACGUCUCCCUUCCCGUCGUCCCAGAACUACAACCCCUACGCCCAGCAACCCCAGCAGCAGCAACCUGAACCCAUCGUCCCAGCAAACACCAACAACCCCUGGGCCACAAGCGCCCAAACCGCAGUCCAAGCCCAAGCCCCCGCCCCAACAGGCUCAAACAACCCCUUCGCGACCUCUCGCCCCGCACCAGCGCAGACAUCCUCCCAACCCACCCUCUCAACCUUACAAGAGCAAAAAACACUCUCCUCCUUCAACCAACCGCAAUUCUCCCAACCCUCCUCCUUUACCCCCUCCCCGGCCCAACAACAGCGCCAACAACAGCAACGACAACAACAACAGAAACCCCAAUCCCCCUACGAAGCCCGCCUCGCCUCCCUCCUCGAAAGCGGCGACGGCAUGGACACCUUCGGGAACACGGGUAACCUCCGCAUCCCCGCUCAGCACACCGCGCCCGGCACGUUUGUCAACUCUGCGGGUGCUGGGUUGCCGGGCUUGAAUUCCCAGCAGACGGGGGUGAAUCCGUUUGUGCAGGGGCAGUUUACGGGAAUGCCGCAGGCGCAGUAUGGAGGACAGCAGGGGAUGCAGCAUGCGCAGACGGGGGGGGGGAAUCCGUUUGGAAGGCAGCAGGGGGGGCAGGGGGGGAAUUUGAUUGAUUUUUAA